AUGGCGGCGCUCCGGCACGCGGGGAGGAGGCUCUGCGAGCGGGCGCUCCAGCGAGGUGGACCGCAGGUGAUCCCGUCUGGCCGCCGGUCCAUGUUCAUCUCCAUCGGUGGCACGCCUAAACCUACGACUGCGGCGGCUCAGGAGGAGCUGAAAAUGCAGUUCCAGAAAAAGAAAGAAGAGUUGUUCGAUGUGCUGGUGGAGUUGUCAAGGACACGCACGUACCCAAGUCUCUCCUGGGAGGCCUUCCAGGUUAAUCAGCUCGCCGCUCGACUUGUUGGGAAGGUGGAGCCUAGGCCUGGUGACUACUACUGGCGCAGUUAUCGACUACAAGGCAGACUCAACACCUUCUUGGUUUCAUACUUGUUUCUGCAUUUUGUAUAUAUGGAACACUUCUGGAUACCCAAGAAGCAGAGAGAAGAUGGCGCCACAAGCAACAACAGUGAAGCCAAGAUCCUUCCCGACAGCGACGAGAACCAAAUAAGGACAUGA